UGUGUACACAUUUCUUCUAUAUAUACCUCAGUUUGAUGGUUUCUAAUUCCACACCUGACACAGAGCCAUUUUCAUCCAUUUUUGGUUAGGUGCUUCCUUCAACGAUUGACAAUGGCACCGAAAACUCUUAUCGUUUUCUUUGCCUGCUCUCUUCUAAUCACUGCAACGGUUGCGGAGGAAUUCAACCAAGUGCAUGCACACAUUAAAGCCGACGUCUCGGAUACAUUGAAGGAUGCUGCCAAGAAGGCUGGUGAUACCAUAGGAAAGGCCGCAAAAGACGUCGGAAAGACCGCCAAUGACGCUGGAAAGAAGGCUGCAACUGACACCGGAAAGAAGGCUGUUGAUACCGUAGGAAAGACGGCUAAAGAUGCCGGAAAGGCGGCAACUGAUGCCGGAAAGACGGCAACUGACGCCGGAAAGAAGGCCGCUGAAUCCGUAGGAAAGACGGCAAAAGACGCCGGAAAGACGGCAACCAUGGUUGGAACUACGGCAGGUAAAGUUGUAGGAAACACCGUAACUGAAACCGCAAAGACGGCAACUACGGCUGGAAAGGUUGUUGCUGGAGGAGCCCAAGACGCUGGAAAGAAAGCUGCCCAUCAUGCCCAUCAUCAUGGAAAGAAAGCUGCCCAUCAUGCCCAUCAUCAUGGAAAGAAGGCUGCUAAACAUACCACUGAUGCCGCAAAGAAGGUUGGCGACCAAGCUGGAAAGACGACCGACGCCAUUAAAAAGUCGUUUAAUUAAGCUGGUGAUCCAAGCGGUCUGCCCCAGCUGAUAUUGGAGAUUAAAAGGCCUAUGGGGUAUUCUUUAAUUUUACUAAUUCAACAUGUUUCACUUUUGUACUAGUUCAGUCAUGUAUGAGUGGAAUAAAACCCCAAGUUUGGAAUAUGAGAAAUAAAAAAUGCAAUUUUCAUUUGAGUCAUGUUAUUAUUUUGUUCGAUAAAUAAAAACUUAAUAUUUUAUUGAGUAUAUGUAA